UUCCCUUUGACCGGAUGUAGUUUACAAGUCAAAAAGAUUCAAAAUGGCCGACUUGAAAUGAGAGAGGCUCGAUUAAGAAAUUUCCCGGUUCCUUAGGCGAUGUCCCGCUUGGCCGACUACUUUGUCGUGAUUGGAUAUGAUCACGAUAAAGACAGGAAUGGGUCAAGUGAGGGACGGAUCCUCCAGCGUUUUCCAGAGAAUGACUGGGAGGCUUGCCCGUUUACCCAGAGUAUUGAGUUGUUUUGUCGGCCAGUUGGAUGGACCCUUUCAGCACAGAGACAACCCCCGGAAUUCUUUGUGGCAGUUCUGACGGACAUUGAUGCAGACCGCCACUAUCUGUCCGUCCUGACGUUCAGCGAGAGUAUCGCCGUCUCCCCCACAAAGUCAGACGAUGGGGACACGGAGGAGGACUCGGCCCUCAAUAUACAUUCCCUCAUGUACUCCCCCAAAUGUCUUGUUCUGGUCUCACGGCUGGACUACUUUGAAACAUUUAAGAAUUGUCUGGGCAUUAUCUAUACUGCAUAUGUGGACAAAUUAGAUGUACAGCUAGAGGUGUUGGUGGGAAACAUACUCGGCUGUGUACAGGUACCUCCGCCAGGUGGUCCUCAGAUUCGAUUUUCGAUUGGUGCGGGGGACAGGCAGGCCCUCCAGCCCCCUGUCAGUGCCACGGUCCCCUCAUCACGGAAUGUCACAGCGCUACUGUUCCAACAACUAGGAAUACAGAAUGUUCUGACAUUGUUUUGUGCUGCUCUAACCGAUCACAAGAUUUUGUUCCAUUCUCAAAGUCAUUCACGGCUGACGGACGCCUGCCAGGCCAUCAACAUUCUACAGUACCCUCUCAGAUACAGUUAUGUGUAUGUCCCCAUCUUGCCAGCACCAUUGGUAGAAGUCCUCAACACCCCCACUCCUUUCAUAGCAGGAGUUCAUUCAUCCCUAGCUGAAGACACUGCUGAUCUGGUGGAUGUGAUCAUUGUUGAUCUUGAUGGAGGAAGUGUCCACAUACCAGAAUGUGUCAAUCUCCCGAUGUUACCCGAGCCCAUGGUGUCUCGUGCAAAGAAAGCCCUCACCAUGAUAGAUAUAUCUUCCAUAUCUACAUUAACUUGGUCAGAAAUGGUGAUGAACUCCGACCUCCUGAUGGCAGACUAUGCAUUUCCUCCUCCUUCCCCAAAGAAACCUCCCUCACUCGAACAAAAGGAUAAAGAAAUUCGUGCAAUAUUUAUACGUUUUUUUGCUGAGCUCCUGACUGGGUACAGAUCUUGUCUGACUGUGAUUAGGAUACACCCAGAACCUUUUAUUACCUUCCACAAGGCAAACUUCCUGGGCCACAGAGGGAUGGUGGAUGAUGAGUUCCUGGUGCGGGUCCUGGAGGGGAUGGGCUUUGGUACGUUUGUGGCCGAGAGAGGGACUCCAUACAGAACCUGUGAUAUUUUUGAUGAGGUCUAUGCAAAUAUACAUGAUCAGCUGACAGAAGAAUCAGCUGACUCAGAGAAGAUUAUGGAGCACAUUAAAGAUCUAGCCAAGCAACUUAACACCAAUGAGAACCCCAAUCCCCAGCCUUAUGUACAGAAAGUUCCCAAACCAACAGACGGGGCCUACUCCAGGAUACAUCAGACACCAUUUCCUUUACUGGACAGUCAGCAUGUACACAAAAUCUUAAAGGAGGGGAUAGAAAAACAAAACCAAAAGAUGGCUGUGCGACCUAACCAGGUGCGGAUCGUUCCCAUGGGAACACCAAUCACAGCACUCGUAGACAGACAGAGGAUGAUGGACAACAAUGCAAGGCGACUCGAAGUCCUCCGUAACUGCAUUAACUUUGUAUUUGACAACAAAAUCUCUGAUGCAAGAAUUAUCUUCCCUGCUGUAUUACGAGCAUUGAAGAGUCGCGUGACUCGCCUGGCCUUGACCCAGGAGUUGAGUUAUCACAUCAGGUCCAACAGAGCUGUCCUAGAACACCAGCAGUUUGAUCUGGUGGUCAAACUCCUCAACUGUUGUCUACAGAAUGACUCCAGCAUGGACGAAAAUGGAGUGGCAGCGGCCAUCUUACCUCUGGCUACAACCUUUUGUAGGAAGCUGUGUACCGGUAUUAUCCAGUUUGCGUACACCUGUGUACAGGAACAUGCAGUGUGGCAGAACAUGCAGUUCUGGGAGGCAGCAUUUUACCAGGAUGUACAGAAACAGAUACAGCAGCUGUACGCACCGCAAUACGAGGAGAAUAACGUCAAAGAUAAAAAACACGAUAGCUUCCUAGGAUCACCCACACAUAAAAAUAAUGAGUUGAAUGUUAGUAAGAACUGCAGUAAUGGAGGCAGUGUCACACCAGAGAGAAGAUCCAGUUAUAGGGGCCGGGAGAUGGGGGCACUGGAAAUUGCUGCUGAACAGUUGAGGACCUGGUCGACCCUGAGUGAGGAGAAGAAGGAGGAGCUGAUCAGUAACGAGGAGUCCACGGUCUACAGCCAGGCUAUACACUACGCCAACAGGAUGGUCUACAUGAAGGUACCACUGGAGACUCAGAAGAGCAUCAAGCCCCUGUCUCCUGACUGGGAUAGCACCAGUAACAGCAAUAUAGCCUCCAGCCUGGCAGACAGUGAGAGUAAUGAUGCUGAGAGUGGGUAUGAUGAGAUGGAGAUAUCAGAUGUGGGUACCAGUGUUAUUAAGUUCGUGACCCGCUUUGUGGACAAGGUCUGUAAUGACAGCCGAGUGACCCCCGAGCACAUUAAGUCCCUCCAUCAGAUGAUCCCAGGGGUGGUGGCCAUGCACAUAGAGACCCUGGAGGCAGUCAACAGGGAAAGCAAAAGAUUACCUCCCAUUCAGAAGCCCAAGAUCCUGAAGCCCACUCUGUUACCAGGAGAAGAGGUGGUGAUGGACGGUCUGAGGGUGUACCUCCUCCCUGACGGUCGCGAGGAGGGGCUUGGAGGAAACAUGGGGGGUCCCACACUACUGCCAGCAGAGGGCGCCAUAUUCCUCACAAACUACAGAAUCAUAUUCAAAGGAACUCCCUGUGAUCCUCUUGCUUGUGAGCAGAUAGUGAUUCGAUCUUUCCCAAUCUCCACACUCACAAAGGAGAAGCUAGUCAAAUUACAGUACACUCCACACAUAGAUCAGCUCCCAAAGGAGGGGCUACAGCUGAGGUCCUGUAUAUUUCAGUUGAUGAAGAUAGCAUUUGAUGAAGAAGUGGUCCCAGAUGAUUUAGAGGCAUUCCGUAAACUGUCCAUGAAAUAUAGAAGCCCAACCAGUGUCUUUAUGACCUUUGCCUUUGUUGGACAAUCCAUACCUCAACCCAGUACCAUGCUGAAACCAGUGGAGAAGAAUGCCUCUCUCAAAAAUUUUGCCAAGAAGACAAUCAUGAAAACUGCCAGAAAAGCAGGGAUAGCAAAACAGAAGCCACCCAAGCGGAAAUAUGUGCUGCCUACUCCUCCUAUGGGUCGGCGAAGCAUGUCCCCAAGGUCGUCGGCGGGGUCAGACAGUGAAUCAGACCGACCUGUCAGUGAGGCCAUGGAUGACCUCUCAAUUAUAGAUGAGGGAGAAUUCAACAGGAGCUGGUUAUCUGACCCCAAGGUGAUAGAAAGGUUAAUGGAGAGGCCGGGUUACCAGGAUUAUGUUCGGCAGGGGUUCGGGGAUCCUUCUGACUCCUCCACAGUGACAGGGAAAUCCACGGAAAAAUUCAGAAUCUCCACAGUCAACUCAAACUUCUCAGUAUCUAAAAGUUACCCUGCAUUGUUGGUUGUUCCUGCCAACUUCCCAGAUGAUAGCAUAAGAAAGUUUGCCAGGACACACAGACAGUACAGAUUUCCUGUGGUGAACUGUGUGUUGUUACGGGCAAGUGGUUUCCAUGGUCGUGGUCUGAUGGGGAUGCUAAAGUCAGAUCCUGCAACAGGUACAUCUACUGGUGAGAUCUCGGCAUCCCUUCAGCAGGAGCGAUACUUCUCCUGUAUCGUGUCAGCCACUCCUAACAGUAUGAGGUCGUACAAACCCUCCUAUAGCGACUCCCUCACCAGUCUGGACUCACUCAUGUUGACGGGAGUCCAGGAAUCCUUACUAGUCCCAGAAACCCCGGAGGUGGUGCGGCGGUCCCACCCCGCGGCCACAGGGAGUCUACGUAACAUCAAUAACCCCAAAACAUCCUCUAAUCGUGACUCAGUCUACUCCAUUGCCGAGUCUAACCCCGUCACAGGCAGAAGCAGCCUAUUUUUACGGGCUGUCAACAUGUUUCGGCCGGGUGGGGCUAAAAGCUCCCCCGAACUUUUGACUUUACCACGUCGGACUCGAACAUUGAGGAACGCUUGGCCAACAUUUUCCCGCAUUGGCAGUAUUCGUGAAAAACCUCGGAUGAAUUCUAACAGUGCCACUCUAGAUUCCACCACCAUGUUACACCAGAACGGAGGGGUCAACGAGAGGUCAGAUCUACUUCAGAGCUCGGUCCAGGGCCUCAAACGCGUGGCCCUGUAUGUCCUUGGAGAAAAGGCUCAGAUGAAGGGAAUCAAGGCUGAAUCCUUUCCUAAGUGUGAUUUUAUCCCUGUGGAUUUUUAUGAGGUCAGACAUGUCAAGGCCAGCUUUAAGAAGUUAAUGAGGGCGUGUGUACCUAGUGCACCCCUCCCAGCAGAAACAGGCUUCCUCAAGCUUGUGGAGGAAUCAGAAUGGCUCUUACAGAUCCAGAACAUCAUGCAGCUGGCUGGAGCUACAGAAGACCUGCUGGAUGUACAGGGGUCGUCUGUGAUGCUGUGUCUGGAGGACGGCUGGGACUGCACCACACAGGUGGUGUCUGUGGCGCAGCUGCUCUUGGAUCCAUACUACCGCACCAUUGAAGGAUUCAAGUGUCUGGUGGAAAAAGAGUGGUUGUCAUUUGGGCAUCGCUUCACUCACCGUAGCAACCAGACAAUAGCCAAUCAUGCUAGUGGGUUUGCUCCACUGUUUCUACAGUUUCUGGAUGUAGUCCAUCAGAUUCACAACCAGUUCCCAUUGUCUUUCGAGUUUAACCAGUUCUUCCUGAGAUUUAUUGCUUACCACUAUGUGUCCAAUCGAUUCCGAACGUUCAUGAUGGACAACGAAUACGAGCGGGUGGAGGCAGGCUGGCUAAUGGAAGACAGGAGGUCGUCCAAGAUCAACCAUGAACAAGCUGAUCUAGAUGGUGGAUUUGCCACAAGGCACCAGUCUCAUCAGGGAAGCUCUAUCUGGGACUACAUAGAAAAACAUCAUCGUAAAUCUACACUGUUCAUGAACUUCUAUUAUAGCCCCUCAGACCAAGACGUAGUCCUGCGACCUUACUCCAAUAUCUCAAAUCUAAAGAUCUGGGACUACUUUCUGAAUGAGGAUCUCGCUCAUGGCCCGGCCUAUGAGAUCGAGACGACAAACAAAGAAAUCCAGAUGAGUGAGGAGGAGAAAACUGACAGCGCUGGGCAACCGCUCAUGCGGAGAAUUGUCAAUGGUUGUCAUGACAAUGUGUUCAUGCAGCAACCCAACGUGUUCAGGCAAAAGCUUCAGGAAAUACACAAGUUGGAGACAGACUUGGGACAUUUUCAACAGAAAUGGAAGACAAUUUGGGAUAAGCUUGAAUUGCCCACUGGAAAACGAGAGACUAUGCAAAGAAAUUUGUCUUUUAAUACUCAAAUUGUAAAAUCUCAUGGACGCUCAAUACACAAGCGAUCAACGUUAGAAAUUUUAGUGAAAGGAAAGAUGUUAGGUGAAGCAGCAAAAAUGUUUAGUCAGCCACACCGUUUUGAGAAGCACACCUAUACCACGCCGGCCUACUGUGACUAUUGUAGUCAGGUUCUCUGGGGACUCCUGAAGACAGGGAUGCACUGUACAGAUUGUGGAUACAACUGUCAUGAGAAAUGUCUGUCUCACGUACCAAAGAACUGUACAAAGUUAAAGAUCGUCUCAGAUUCCAGCAGUACCAACACAAGCGUAUCCAGAGUAUCCGACACAUCUACUCUUAAAAAUGAAGAGCUUCCAGUAGAAAGUGGUCCAACAUAUGCUACGUACACCCCGGCCACCACCAGCACAGAGAACAGCUGUCUCCACAAAGGCUACCUCUUCAAAAGAGGGGCCCUCCUAAAGGGAUGGAAACAGCGCUGGUUUGUCCUGGACUCCACCAAACACCAGCUGAGGUAUUAUGACUCGGAAGAAGACACAAACUGUAAAGGUUAUAUAGAGCUAUUUGACAUCCAGUCUGUACAGACCAUACGUAAUGUACAGGGGGCCCCAAAAAAGGCUGACGAAAACGCUUUCUUUGAGCUGAAAACAAAUCGCAGAAUGUACAACUUCUUGGCAGCAGACGCUAAAACCGCUCAGAGCUGGAUAGACAGGAUUCACAGCUUUAUAUGAAGAUGUGCUGGCGUAUUUAUCACACAAGUGCCCCGCUCUCAAUUCCUGCUGUAAGACAGGUGCCAUAGUCGGAACAUCACACUGCCUGUGUAUGUGUCAUUUCGGGAUUUGUACAAGUUGCAGCCCUUGAUGCUCUUCACUACCAUAGGAAAAACCCCACAAAUCUGCUGAAAUUUUUACAUUGAAUGUCAAAUAUUUCAAAACUGGCAUGUUGGGAUAAUCCAAUAAGAUGAAGGAAUACAGGAAGAAAAGAUUAAUUAACCUACAAUUUUGAAUGAAUUCACAUAUAUGCAGCUUGACUGAACUUUUUCAGAGUUUUUAAAAAGUACAAAUAGCCCUAUAAUAUAUUUCUCUACACUUUUGCAAUAGCAGCUGAAUUUAUAUAUGAACAUGUGUGUUUGAAAUCUGUGUUGAUAACUGAUUCAGAGAAUCUGGGAUCCCCUGCAGUGCUGCAAUAGCUUGGUGCUUUAUUCGUAAUGUCAGACGUUAUUCUGUGGUGUUCACCAACACAGAUCCAGGAAGGCAUGCUUGAUGCAUAAUAGCUUUGUAAAUAUGCCCAAUCUUCCCUACACCUUUAACAGAGUGGGUUGUGAUAAGCUUAUUGAUGUUUAAAAGGGAAGAUGACAUGGCUAAUGGGAUUUUUUAACAGAAAGUAGUAUAGAGUAGUGUUAAAGCAAUACUUAGACUGACACAAAGCUGAACAAACACCAAACAUAAUAUAGUACUGUGUAUCAUCUGUAUAAAAUGAUAUAUCUCAUUUAAUGUUCUAUCAUGGUGUACAAAUCAUUCAUACAGUUAUUUAUUUUUUGGAUCACUAGAUUUAGAGUGUGUCAUGAUGUUUCUGUGUACAUAGAGACCCUGUCAUAUUCCAAGAUGUAAAUAGAGAAUGUAGCGAGUUUUGUAUGCAUUCUUAUGCCCCCCCCUUCUUAUGUCCCCCCUCUUAUCCCCCUCCCCUUCUCUAUCAGAAACCUGUAUCAGGGCUGUCUUUAAUGAAGACAUUUUAUUUGUGUGAAUUUUGUCAUAUUUUGUUUGUGUAGGCUUUACAUAUUGGGUUUUCCCUACCUUACAUGUCUGCUAGUCAAAACUGAGCUAUCAGUUUCAUCUCUGACAUCAGAAAGAUCUGAUCAUUCAUUAAUCAUACCUGGAAACAGGAUACACCAAAGCUUUGAUAUUUUUUACAGAACAAAUUUCCACCCUUUCAAAGAGAAAUAACAUUGAUAUUUGCUGAAUACAAAUAUGUUAAAUCAUUUUUUAGCAUGAAAAUUCUUUUUUAUAUAACACUGAAAACCAUUUAUCUUAAGCUGUUUAAAAGUAAGGGUGACCAAGUUUUAGACUCCAUGACAUUUAUAAAUUUUAUAUUCAUUUUACCACAUACUCCUAUAUGUUUUAGUGUGAAAAAUUGUAGAUGUAAAUACUGUUGAAUGCUAGGAAUAGAGUUAAAGAUAGGUAUUAUAAUUUUCAACUUCUGAUGCAUUCAAUGAACCUGUGAAAAUGUGGAAAGCUUGCUUCAGUAUUCUUUCAUCUCUAAUGUAGAAUCUGCUCAACAUUUGUUAAUUAGAAUUAUUGAUGAGAACUUCUAAAACUUCUUCAACUUUGUUCUGUCUCAGUGUCAUAAAGAUGACUUCAUCCAGUAGGAAAUCUGUGCAAUAAUGUGUGUAAGAUUUUGUGACGGUUGAAAUAGGAGUUAACUCCCCUUGUCAGUAUUGUACAUUUUCCUCAUAGGAUUUUUAACAUUCUGAUUGUAGGCAAUAUAUUAUGUAAUGGAGGUAUUACAGAAGAGGCACUGUUUUAUUGAAUGUUUUAUGAAAAUUUAACUUGGAAAAAAAAAAGUUUAAUUUUAAUUAUACGUUUUUUUUUUUAAUGGAAGGACAACUUUUUGUCAUUAAAUUAAAAUUCAGUCAUCAGUAUUGUAUGGAUAUGUAUUUUGUAUUUAUAUGGUUUUUAAUGAAUAUGAAAAUCAUGUAUGCCUAUUUAUUUGAUUAUAAUAGAUACUCUAAAUAUUUUGAUAAAUGUAUGAAAUUUAUGCUGGUAUAGUUAAAAGUAAUAUGAAAGUGGUAAUUUAAUUAUUUCCCCUACCUUCUUCUCUACUUGUUUCCAUUAAAUAUCUAGGAUUAUUUUUUUUAAUGAAGUACAUGUAAUUUUUCUGUUUUAGAUUUGGUUAUCAGUUGAUUGAUUUUCUGUUGUUGUAGUCAUUGUUUUUCAGCUUGUAUGUAUGUUACAUACUGACAUAGGGUUCUGAAAUAAACGUCAUAAAUUAUC